AGCCGGAAGCAGAUUCUUUCUGGAACCGGAUGUAGGUGGGCUCUAAGGAACGAGGGUAGCGAUGAAGCCGGCGGUGGACGAGAUGUUUCCCGAGGGCGCGGGGCCUUAUGUCGACCUUGACGAGGCUGGAGGAAGUACAGGUUUAUUGAUGGAUCUAGCAGCUAAUGAAAAAGCAGUACAUGCAGACUUCUUUAAUAAUUUUGAAGAUAUGUUUGACGAUGACGAUAUCCAGUGAAAUGUGUCUUCCAGCUAUGUGGUGCUGAAUAUUUACAUUUCUUAUAAAGACUAUGUUCUAAACAAAAAGGAAAUGUGAACGUAGUCACUAAGACAUGAAGGCAAUGUGAAAUGGCUAAAGAUGGAUAAGAGAAGAAUUAUGAAGCUCAUUUCCAUUAGGAUUUGUUUAGAUGUAGAAUUGUAUAGACUUGCUAUAAUAAAAUCUAAAUAAAUAUUUAAUUUUGAAAAAAA